AUGGCCAGCAAGUUCAGCAACUCUCAAGAACCGGUAGUAACUCGGUGUUCUAAACUUCACCAUCUGUUCUUGGGUAAGACUGUCGGUGUUGGACCAAGAACGUUAGCAACACGAGAAAGUCUGCUCGAUGCCCUCUUUGUUCUUUACGAUGAAUGCAGCAACGAUCAAUUGAUGAGAGACAAACACAUUUCCUCUUUUGUCAACAAGUAUAAGAGUAUCAUCAAUGAACUUCGUCAAUUGAGACUAUCGAUUAAUGACUUUGAGGUCAAAAAUGUCAUUGGUCGGGGUCAUUUUGGAGAAGUUCAAGUUGUCAGAGAAAAGUCAACAAGUGAUGUAUAUGCUAUGAAAGUACUGAAGAAAAACGAGACACUGUCUCAAGAAAAUAUUGCUUUCUUUGAAGAAGAGCGUGACAUCAUGGCUAAAGCCAAGAAUGCCUGGAUAACGUCAUUACAGUAUGCAUUCCAGGAUGCCAAGAAUCUGUAUUUAGUUAUGGAAUUCCAUCCUGGUGGUGAUCUAUUGUCUCUUCUCAGCAGAUAUGAUGAUAUUUUUGAAGAGUCAAUGGCUAAGUUUUAUUUAGCUGAAAUGGUUGUUGCCAUACAUAGUUUACACUCCAUGGGAUAUGUGCACAGGGACAUCAAACCAGACAAUAUUCUCAUUGAUAGAACUGGUCACAUCAAACUUGCUGACUUUGGAUCAUCUGCUAAACUCUCCUCCACCAAAACAGUCACGUCGAAGAUGCCGGUCGGUACGCCAGACUAUGUUGCACCAGAGGUUUUAACAAGUAUGAAUGGCAAGACUGAAGGUAGCUACGGAUUGGAGUGUGAUUGGUGGUCUCUGGGUAUCGUGGCGUACGAGAUGUUGUUUGCGAAGACACCGUUUACAGCCGAUUCUAUUGUUGUGACGUACAGUAAUAUUAUGGACUUUAAGAAAUCUUUACACUUUCCUGCUGACAUCACUACAUCCAAAGAUGCCAAGAGAAUCAUUAAAGAGUUAUUAUGUGAUAAAGAAGAUCGUCUUGGAUACGAAGGACUCAAUUGUCACGCAUUCUUUGCCGAUAUUGACUGGACAACACUGAGACAAAGUGUACCGCCAUUUGUGCCGACUAUCGGCAGCGUGGAUGACACAUCUAAUUUUGAUGAAUUUGAACCUGAAAUGGAAUCCCCUGACUUUGCUGAAUUCAGAAAGAAAAAAGAAUUCAGUGGAAAAAAUCUCCCGUUUGUUGGUUUUACCUUCACUAAAAAUCUUGUUAGUUCUGUAAGUGGGGAUAGCACUAGAAUCUCUUCUAUAACGCAAGAGUGUCCAUCACCAGCAGCCAAGUUGAAUUUAGAACGAAGACUCACUGUGAAAACGAAAGAGUUACAGGAAACGCAGGAAAAAUUCAACAAACUUCAAAAUCAACAGUCGUCGGUGAAAGACAAUCUAAGAACAGAUUUAAAAGAGAAAACAGAUGCCUUGAUUAAGGUUCAGAAUGAAAGAGACCAGCUAGAGAAGGAUAUGGCAAUGUACAUCACAGAGGUGAAGAAUUUGAAAAGAAUGUUGGAGUUGGAGAAGAAAGAACACCACAACACAGACAACCAAGCAUUACAGCUUCUGUCAGACAUCAAAGAACAGAGCCAGAAAGUCAAAGAUCUCAAAGAUGAACUCAAGAAGAGUGAAAUAGACGAUUACAAGCAAGUUGUGGCCCAGUUGGAGCAAGAUCGUUUUGUAUCUGCGAGACGAGCUGAGCGAUUAGAAGCAGAGUUGAAAACACAACACAAAGAAAACGAUGAAUCCAAGACAAAAAUUGCAGAUUUACAAACUAAACUUUUUAGAAUGAAGGAAAACACCAAAAGUGAUGUUGUUGAACUUCACACAAAACUAGAGAAAAUCACAGAGGAUAGUAACCGACAAAUUGAAGAGUAUAGACGCAAACUGGAAAAGGCGAUGAGAUCGAGCACCCAGGCAACGGAUCUCUUGCAGAACGUCAGACACUCAAAGGAAGACUUAGAACUGGAACUGCAGGCAUUUAGAAAACAACAAAAUAACAUAAAAGACUUGGAAGAGAAACUACAAGAAAGCGAAGAAGAGAGAAAAUCUCUGGCUGGUAAGAUAAAGUCUGCGGACGAUAGAGAGAAUAAGCUGAACGAUACACUAAAGACAAAACAUCAACUGACACAGGAUCUGAGCAAGCAGAUUUUGGAGUUGGAAGACAAGUAUGAAAAUGAAGUGAUGAAAAACAAGAAGUUGUACAGGACAGUUGAGGAAACUGAAAGAGAACUGGAAGAAAAAUUGCAGGAUUAUGAAAAUAAGUUGAAAUUGGCACGAAUGGGGAAGAAAACUGUUCGUUUUAACCUGGGCCCUGAUCACCAUGACAGCAGUGAAGAUGACGUCAAACAGAAGAUGACUGACCAGCAAAAUACAAUAACUAUGCAGGAGGCAAACAUCAAAGUGCUAGAAAAACAGAUUGAGGAACUGACCACAGCUAAGCAUGAGAAACUGAAAUGUGAAACAAAGGAAUACACAAGGGUGCAGGAGGAAAAGUUAGCUGACUUACAACAAGAAAAGAUGUUCUUGGAAACCCAGAAUAGUAAACUAGAAUGUAAAGUGAAAGAAUUGGAGAGUAAACGGGAUAAUUUGAAGGGCAAUGCUGAUGAAGUUGAAAGUAGACUGUCAGAGACCAUCAGUCACUACGAGAGUCAACUUAGCGAACUCAGAGUAAAACACCACAGUGCACUGCAUACAGCCAAUGAUAAUGUUGAUCGUGUAUCCAUGCUUCAAGACUCCGAAAGAAAACUGAAAGGUAAAGUGGAGAAGCUUGAGAAGGAGUUGAACACCAGAUGUAGACAAUCUGAUGAACAGAUCACCCUCUUGCAGGAAGAAAAAAAAGAAGUCGAGACUAAAUUUGAGAAAUUGAAAGACAGUUGUAGUGUUAUCCAAGAUUUGGAAGAUGAGUUGUCCAUGCUGGCCGGCCAGAAUACUGAACUGAAUGAACAGAACCUAGAACUGGGGAAGCGAGUCGAUGAGUUGAAGACUGAGAAUAAUGAUAACAAGAAUGAGGUGGACAAACUACAGGAUGAAUUAACACAAAAGAAUCAUAAAUGUGAUGGCCAUGAAUUGACUAUUUCAAUGUUGAAGUCUUCAUGUACUAUGCUAGAAGAGCAAGUGCUGGAUCUUGAAGCAUUAUACAAUGGACUGGAAGAAAAGACAGCAUCGUGGAAUGACACCAAGGCCGCACUUGAAAAUGAAAUUGAACAACUUGAAACAAGGCUGAAAGAAUUACAACAGGCCUUGUCAAAUGAAAAACAAGCAAGAUUAUACGCUGAAAGUAAGAGUUUGGAGUUGGCUGAAACAGUGGAAGUCUCCAACAAAGCUCACAAAGUGGAAAUUGAAAGAUUACAGACGCAGCUACAUGCACAGAAAGUACAGACUAAAACUUUAACUGAAAAUAUGAAUGAUUUGGAAAAGAAACAUUCGCUGCUGGACCUCAGUGUUAAAUCAUUGCAGAGAAAAUAUCAUGAUGAGCAGUCAGUCAGUGAAAAUCUGAGAGAUGACAUUGCCAAACUAAACACCCAGGUUUCAAACUUGAAAACGUCAAUAUUCAAAUUAACACAAGGACUGGAGGAGGCGGUUGAAAAGGGAGAAUUACUGAAGACUGAAAAAAUUGAUUUGGAAGAUGCCUUAGAAGACCUGGAGCUGCAAUACUCUCAUGAGAAAAUCAAAUUGGAGGCUACUCUUGCACAGCAAACCAAAUUAAUUGAUUUCCUACAAGCCAAAAUACAAACGCCAGUCAAGAAAAAGAGAAAGUUUGGACCAGGAAGACUUUUCCAUCGUAAUACUAAAGAAACCAUGCUGCCACCUUCUGUGCCAUUACAGUACAAAGAUCUGCAAGAAAAGCUUGAGAAAGAAAAAUCAGGAAGAAUUCAACUGCAAGUACAGGUGAACAAAUUGGAAAUUGAACUACAAACUGCUAAGAGAGAAACUCUAUUGGCUAAAACCAGACAUGGUGACAUUUCACUCCAGACUCCAUCCUCACAGGGUGUUGUAUCCGCCAUCAUGUUAUCACCGAGCCAUCGGCCUAGUGCGAGUAGUUUACUCCUCGCUCCAGGCAUGGCUAAGACGGAAUCUAAAAAAGAUGGUGCACUGAACGUACAUCGUCCUAAAGAAAGAAUGAAACACAAUAUACCACAUCGGUUUGCGACUGAACUGAACAUGCGAGCAACCAAGUGUGCAGUCUGUAUGGAUAGCAUUCAUUUCGGUCGGCAAGCAUCAAAGUGCAAUGAAUGUCACUUGGUAUGUCAUCCGAAGUGCUCGUCGCUACUGCCGCAUACAUGCGGAUUGCCAUCUCUGCUGAUGGACCACUUUAGUGAGGCCCUCAAACACACGGCAUCACCUGCAGUUUGUGGAAAUAUCUCCACCAAUGACACUAUGGUACAGCUGGAAGCCUGGAUGAAAGUACCCAAACCUGGUAAACAAGGAUGGGAUAAGAAAUGGGUGACUUUAGAGGGAACUAAAGUCUGCAUCUACGAUAAAGAAUCAUCUCUUGUAACCAUCGAUGAGUUUGACCUUUGCCCUUCCGAGGGUAAAGUCACAGUACAUGCAGCCGUCACACCAGCGGAGCUGUUCAACACUGCUAGUACAGAUUUACCGUACAUUAUGCGAUUAGAGCUCCAUCCCAAAACAACGUGUUGGCCCGGUAGGAAUAUGUAUUUUAUGGCGCCUAGUUUCUCUGAUAAACAGAAGUGGAUGGUCCAUCUUGAGAGUAUGGUGACAAGCGGAAAUAAAAUGUUGGGUAACACCUUGAUUGUGCUGGAAGGUGAUCAGUGUAUUGAUAUUAAUUGCACGUUACUGCUGUGUGAACAGUUAUUAUUGGUGGGCGCGGAAGAAGGCUUAUUUGCAAUGGAGUUAAAGAAGCGGGAGACAAUCUCAGUGAUCGAUGGUGUUAGUAGCGUAUUUCAAAUGCAUAUGAUAGAGGAAUUAUCAUUAAUAUUAAUGAUUGCCGGUAAUGGCCGUGACUUGUGUACCAUUGACUACAAGCAUCUGAAGACCAAAGCUAAUCAAGCCAGUCUUACACCAUCUACUGUCAAUGUCAAGUGUAUUGAAGACGUCAAGUCGUGUCACUUGUUUGCUGUGGGUUCAUGUGAUGGUUGUGUGUUCAUCUGUGCUGCUAUGCCCGACAAGAUCACUGUUCUAAAGUACAACAGUAGCAUGGGAAUGUUCUGUGUUAAAAAGGAGAUGGAGACAGCAGAGCCUUGUAGUUGCAUACAUUUUGCUACUGCUAGUGUGUUGGUAGGCACCGAUAAAUUCUAUGAAAUUGACUUGAAGCAAUACACAGUAGAAGACACUGUAAACUACCUAAUACAUGUCUUCUUUUUUUCAGAAUUUGGUGUUUUUGUUGAUGAGUAUGGUAGACGUUCUCGCCCAGAAGACCUGAAAUGGACUCGUCUUCCAUUAGCGUUUGCAUAUCGCCAGCCCUACCUUUAUGUGACACAUUUCAAUUCAUUGGAAGUGUGCGAGAUCCCAGCAGUUGAUGGUGACGAGAAGGAAGAGGAGGAGAGUGCUCACACCUUUAUGGAGCUGGCAAAUCCACGAUACGUGGGUCCAGCACUGACUAGUGGAGCAAUCUACAUAGCCACGUAUCAGGAAGAUAUGGUAGAAUUACUGUGUUUACAAGGCAAUAUAUGUCAGCAUAGUGAUGAAAAUACCACCAUGUCAAGCUCUGACGACAGUGUAUCACUCAGAAGUCAGUUGUCAAGUUCCAAGCGACCAUUGUCUGAAGUUUACUGCAACCAGGGUCCAGUACGUAGGUCGAUGAGGUUGAAAGGAAGUCCAUCAGAUUAUAAUCCUGUAUCCAAGAAACCAAAAUAUGAAAUGGAUUCAUCUACACAAAUUUAAACCGAUGCAAUAAGCCAUUACCACUGCCAUAGGAUGAUUUACUUGAGCAAUAAGGCAUUGAUAUAACCAGUAACUGAAAAUAAGCAUGGAAUUGAAUGUGUAUUAAUUUUAAGCUUACAGCCGUUUUGCAUAUUUUUGUCAAAUUAAAUUUGCAAAUUGUAAUAUUCAGAUUCUAAAAGGCAGGCCAUACUGCUUUGAGAAACAGUCUAUGAUUCGCUUCUGUGUUGUUUGCUAGAUAUACUGGUAAUGCAAAACACGGAAGCUACUCUGCAUUUUCACUAAUUCAACAUUUAGCAAAGAAUGUUUUCUCACAAUGUGAUUGGUAGAACUUAAUUAACUAAUUAAGGCACUGCUAAUUUAUGCAUUUUGCUAAAGUAACUAUAAUGUAAUGUAAUGUAGUUCCUACUCGUAAUAUUAUUCUGACACUGCCAGAAUGUUUGCUUAUAUUGCAUUGGUGUUCGCAACUCAUUGCUACCAUAUUUUCUGCACUCUAUAAUAACACCCAAGUUGCUUGACCUUCAUUUUAUUUACCCUUUAUUAUAUACGUAAUCUGUUUCCAUAAAAUGACACUGCCCUUUAACAGACAAAAUAAAGCUGAUUUUAUGUUAUUAUAUUAUGUAUGUAGACAAUAAAUUAAAUUCAAUAAUUUUAUAUAUAAAAGACUAUACUAAAAAUAUUUAUAUUUCUGC